AUGGGCCUCAACGUCCGCCCGGCCGCGGGGAGCGUCGCCGGCGGCCUCCGCCUGGGUGCGCGUGCAGGCGGGCGCGUCUCCGCGCGCGUCACGCCCCGCGCCCCCGCGCGCCUCGUCGCGAAGGCUUCCUCGCCGGUGGCCACGCCCGCCACCGGCGGCCCGGGCGGCCCCACCGACGGGUCCGGCGGUGACGGGGGCGGAGGGGGCGGCGGCGGCAGCGACGGCAACAACGCGAAGCUCAUGGCGAUCCUCGCAGCCGCCGGCAAGACCCUCGCGGACCUUCCCGCGGAGAUCGCGGCCGCCGUCGAGAAGGGCAAGAUCAGCGUCGAGCUCCUCGAGCGCUACCUCGCCCUGGAGGCCAACUGGCUGUACAAGCCCUUCAUGAAACUGGGCGCCGGGCUGCGCGGGCGGCUGCUGAUGGACCCGGGCUUCCUGCUCAAGCUCGGCAUCGAGGUCGGCGUCGGCAUCGGCACGAAGACCGCCGCGGAGGUUGCGAAGCGCGGCGACAACUUCUCGAACGAGCUGGACUUUUACUUUGCCAACCUGGUGAUGGCGCUCAUCGCCGACUACAUGCUCGUGUACCUCCCGGCGCCCAUGUUCCGCGGCGUCGCGGGCCCGCAGAAGGCCGGCCUCAUGGCCAAGCUCCAGAAGGCCUUCGCCGACUGCCCAGGCAACAUGUUCCAAAAGGUCCCCGCGGGCCAGGAGCCGUGGACGCUGACGCAGCGCCUCGGCGCGCCGCUGCGGAACGGCAUCCAGCUCGUCGGUGUCGGGUUCAUGUCGUCGAUGAUCGGCGUGGCGCUCACCAACUGCCUCCUGUACAUCAAGAAGGCUAUGGACCCGACGUUCGUGUCGAACCCGCCGCAAAACGUGGCGACGAUGGCCGUGAUCUACGGCCUGUACAUGGGGUCGUCGUCGAACCUGCGGUACCAGACGCUCGCGGGCCUGCUCGAGGAGCGCGGCGUGGAGGUUGUGUUCAAGAACAUGCCGGCCGUGCGCGCGGCGCUGACGUUCGCGCUGCGGACGGGCAACACCUUCCUCGGCAGCCUCCUCUGGGUCGACUUCCUGCGCCUGUGCGGGCAGCAGAAGUGA